UACGUUUUACCCAUCACUCGCUAUCGUGAAGACUCUUAGUUAAUUCAACGAUUUUGUCGCGAACGGAUUCCACGACGAUGAAGCGUUUGUUAAUAAUUUAUCUUCUAUAUGCGCUCUUCCAAGCAGCUUUAUUAACGUCGCCGUGCGUGAACAUUGCGUCUAAACGUACGAAGGAUGUUGGCUUUCAAUGCACUCAAUUAACAACGCUACAACAAAAUUUGGACAAAGUGUGGAGCAACACGACGAUCAUUACGAUUUUUGAUUCGAACAUACCUAACAUACCGGGGCACAGUUUCGCAAGAUUCGGAGCGACUCUCGUGAUCUUAGACCUGCAUGAAUCGGGCAUACAGACGUGCGACGCUCAGGCAUUCAUAGGCCUUACGAAGCUGAACAGCUUGAAACUCUGGGGCAAUAAGCUCACGUUUGUACCGGGAGAUUGGUUCCUGAAUAUGUACUCUCUGCAGACUCUGGACUUAUCGUUCAACUUUAUCCAGUGGAUCGACUAUGCGAUCUUUCAGAUGCUCCCUAAUUUGGAGAACUUUAGUUUUGACUAUAAUCAACUCAGCUACAUCGACUACAACUUGUUCGCUCAUUUAGGUAAACUGAAGAAAGUAAGAUACAGCAAGAAUCCGUGGAGCUGGCCGUAUCGCGCUCGUUUGACUUGGCAAUUGGAGAACCAGAAGGUUGAGAUACUGGACAUGUGGGAGGAUUGGAACUGGAUGAAUACUGUGAUCAAGGAUUGCGUUGAGAGUGGACGCGGGGAAUUGCCGAGUGACAAGGUGCUCGACUGCGUCGUGGAGAAGCUGAUCGAGUUCACGUACGAAACCUUCAGCGAGCAAGAGAGGAGCAACUCGGCUGGAUGCAGUGAGCAGACUAGGCGAUUAGUACGUUGCAUGAGACCGAGCAAUGCCACUGGCGACACUGAUUACGAAACUGUACGAAGGAUCCUAGAGGAUUACUCCACGAUUCUACCACGGAUGCAAAGAGCGCUGAGCCCUUUCCCGUUGAAACGAUAAACAUGCUAUGUCUCCAUCUUCUUAGAAACUUCUUUUAGGAUAAAGGUAAAUUUCGAGACACUUCUACCGUAAAUUUAUUACCAUAUAUUCUAUAACUACGAAAACUCUUAAUGGAUACGUUUCUGAUUUUAUGUAAGCUUAAAAAAGAUGAAUAAAAACGUGCAAUUAUAUGUUUUAA